AUGGAUGACGAUAACCUGCGCGAUUUGAUGAACCGGUUGCGGUUUGCCACAGGGAAGGGCGGUGAUUUCUCUGUAGCGGAAACUGUUUCCACACAUAUUGAUCAAAAGUCUCUUUUGGUCAUCCAGCAGUCUUUGCGACGUCACCCUGCACUGGUGCUUAUUGACAAGUCGCGAGAUGAACUCAAGAAGUACCUCAUGGAUCAAAUUCAGGAUUCUUUGCAGAGUGAGGCUUCCACACAUGAUGAUGUAGGUCGUUUACUAGGAUGGAUUAAUGAAACAUCAGAGUCUCUGGAGAUUGAGCGGUUGUCAGCUGUUUACUGUGAUCCUGAAGAAGUACUAAAUGAAAUAAAACAAAGAACAUUGGGGGACAUUGGAUUUGAAAAACUUCCUAGUUUGUCGCAGUGCAAUAUAGGUAACCUUUCACCAUGGAAUCUUUUGUUAACACUCGUAAAUGGUCCUUUACUUACUUUGAAUACCACACAAUACCGUAGAGUGGAGGUGCAUUUGCCAAAUCCAACACCAUCAAUGGUUGGUGAUCUUAUUAAAAUAAACGGAAAUAUCUAUACUACUACAUCGUGGAUUUCUUUACUAAAUAGUCUUGGAGAUUUUCCAAUUAAAGUUGUUAGACAUGUUUGGCUUGCCGCUCUUUUUUUCUUUCCAACAAGUGGCCCAAUGGUUGUGGCCUAUUUACACAAGGAAAUUGAUGAGCUUUCAAGGCGACGAAACCUUGCUGAUGAAAAAGAUGAGGAUGAUGCAAAGGAAACAUAUCAGGCAUACUGUCGAGUACUAAAUUGUUUUUUUCGACAUUUACCACUUUGCUUUAGUGUUGACCUUUUUCGUUUAUUUCUAACCUUUUUGGACAAUUAUAUUAAGCCUGAUGAUACGACACUAGAUAAUAUAUACAAAACAGCUCUUCAACGAUUUAUUGGUCAUUCUCCUUCAAGUACAGAUGUAUGGAAAACAUAUAUAAGAUGGAAGAGUGAUCGAAUUCAUGAUACACAUCAAAGACGUGAAUGGGUUAGAAAAAUGUAUAUUCGCGUGCUUAGGACACCCUUAAAUGGUCUCCAAGAAGUUAAAGAAGAUUAUGAUUUUUUCUUAAAGGCUGAAUAUCGAGGUAGACCUCCCCCUGAGGGUCGUCUUGAAGAGCGUUUUCUUCGUGCGAAAGGUGCUGCAGUGGAACUUAACCGUUUUAUGGGAGCCGGUAGAAGUAAUUCAUUUGGCAAUAUACAAAGUGGUGAUAUGUUGCCCAGAUCUUUGUAUCUUCCUCGUCCGGUAAAAUUAAGUGGUAAUGCUUCUACUGCUAUAUGGGGUGACAAGGAAGAAGCUAUGCGGCGAUUAGAAGUUGAACUUUGGUCUCAAUGGACUUCUUUAAUUGAUCGAGAGACAUCUUCUUCUGCUUAUAUUGGUAUGGAGUUAUUUGGAUAUGAACGAAUGAGGUUUUUUCUUGCAAUGCGAUGCAGCUUUUUCCCUCACCAAACGUUCUCUUGGAUUAGCUAUGCCGAUUACUGUCUUGGACAGCAACCACUUCUUUCGGAGGUAGAACGUCAAGUUAUGGCAAAAGAAUUCCUUGAAAAGGCUUGUUUUCUGUUAAUGGAAAAUUUUUAUUUACAUGUUAUUUACUGUGAUUUUAUGCUACGGGAACUCGGAGAUCCAGAGUUGGCACAUCGAUCCAUAAAACAGUUAAUAAUUCAACAACGGCAACUUGCUAUUGACUACAUUAAAAAGGAGCCUCUAGUGACUCUUGAAAAAGCGGUUACCGCACUUGAGAAUAUCACUUUACUUUCUAUAAACUGGAUGCGCUGGGGUAGCCUUAGUGGGGAAAUUACAAAUACUCAGUUUAUUCGUCUUGUAGCUCGUUUCACAAUGCAUCGCGCAGAUUUUCUUUCAUUAAUAAUGGGUGUCAUCCGGCGUUCUUCUCAAGAAGAAAAGAAAUUCACACCAAGUCGAUGUCAGCAAGCUUUUAAUACCUUUUGUCAUUUUUGGAUAAGACUUGAACUUGUUCGAAAUCAAGCUUAUGAGGAGGUGAUUGUUAUACUUCAACGAUGGAAAGAUCAUCUAAAGAUGUUUUUGAGUUCUGCUAAAAAUAAAGGAUGGAGUUUGGUCGAUUGCGGUCUUGACGAUUACUUUUUUUCCAGUUGUACUGAUGUUUGCCAUAGUUAUCCUUCAGCAGUGCAACAAGUCUUGGAAAUUUUGAACGAUUUGAGAAACACUGUUGUUUCAUCGGAAUCAUUUACUCUAAAUGAGGUGGAGUCGGUAGUGUCAAACUCAAGAAGACUGCGUGAUGUGUUUUUUGUGGUGGACACCGAUGCCUCCACACCCAUUUCUUCUAACUUGCCACUUUCUUUAACUAGUGUACGACUAAGUGGUGCAACUGUUCCAUUGCAGACGUAUGAUCAUCAUUUUUUCUCAAAAGAAACUGCGUGGCACGAAGAAAAUAAUUAUUUGUCACAGAUUGAAGAAAUAAGUGAUGGAAUUUAUUUGCGUAAUACUCCUUCUCAAUUUCCCGUGGAAGUAAUUCCGGAUGAUGCACGCUGGGCAUCUCAAAUACCGUUGAAAACCUCUAACGCCUCUGGAUCUAACCAAAGUGGUCCCAGGACUCACUCGGACCAUGAGGUUAAACCGAGAAAAAAUAAACGUCCUCCCAAUAGACGGGCAUUAGUUACAGAGAGUGUGGUUCUCAAGGAUCUGCGUUCCGCUAUUCAAACUCCCGGAGUUACAUCAGGGACUAAUGCAGCCCUAGGAAAACUACAAGAACUACUAACUAUGCACCUACCCUCCACCUAUGAGACUGACACUUUAUUCAACGAGAAUACAGUUGACGUGAAUUGGCUCUUGGGAUUUCUUGAACAAACACCUGCUAUAUGUUAA